CACCUAAAUUAUUGCUGUGGUUGGGGCUUGGGAUUGGCGCCAGCUUUCAUUGCUGCUUUGCUACUGCAGGAUUACCUGGAAUAUCAAAUCUCCUUUGUGCAUCGCCUCUGUCGAUACUGCAUUCAACAAUGGAAAGUGAUGAUGAUUUGGAUCUGCUGGCCUCCCUGCUGGAGGAGAACGAGGCGUCGGAGAGAGGAAGCCUCGACUGUGAGAAGGGAGACGGGGACACAGACGAGCUGGAUGAUCUGUUUGACGCGGAUGAUGACGGGGAAGAGUUUGACGAGGGUGAUGGACAGGAGGGUGAGGGUGUCAGUGAGAUAGAAGAUAUAAACACGUUGUUUGGCAAUGUUGAGGAUUUAGAUGAAGAAGAGCCAGCAAAAGAAAUGACCAAUACAAGACCAUCUUCAAAAGAAAACCAGGACAAAUCUAAACAGGACUUAGAAGCUGAAUUGAGAAGGAUGCAGGAGCAAAUGGAGACUUUACAGAAGCAGUUAGCUGUCACCCAGCAGGCCUUGACCAGCCCUCCACAGAAAACGCCCCCAAAUAAGCAGAAACAGCAACCAGAUAAGUCUACGCUCAUCACCCUGAAGAGAAAUGAAGCUAAAAAGCUUCAGGACUCCCCUUGUUUUUCUUCCCAGCUUAAUAGCUCUGGCCUUUUGAAAUCCAAGCAAAGAACAGCCCAUGAUCCAAAGCAUCUAACAACAGAGACCAAGACCCCCCAUCAGAAGAGUGUGGGUGCCAGCCCCUCAUCGCAGCCCCUGAGGAGCAGCAAUAAACCCAACACUGCUCUCAGAUCCCCUCCAGCAGCAGCAGUGCAGUCUGGCACACGGGGCCCUACACCCAGCAGCUCAAGAGUAGCAGAUCAGGACGUCACAGUGGAGAGGUUCUCAGGACUUAGGCUCAGGAGGCCCCGCGUGUCCUCCACUGAAAUGGAGCGCAAGAUGUCUGACCGCAAGAUGAUCCGUCUCUCCCAGCUGCCGGAGAAGCUGGCCCGGGAGAAACUGGACGAGAGUGACUGGGUAACCUUCGGGGUGGUUGUUAAUAAAUUCACCCCUCAGAGCUCUAGCAGUGGUAAAACCUUCAGUAUCUGGCGUCUCACUGACCUUCGUAACCUGGAUGUGUAUGUUUCCCUGUUCCUGUUUGGAGACGUUCACAAAGAACACUGGAAGACAGACCCAGGGACUGUUAUCGGCAUCCUCAAUCCAAACCCAAUGAAACCAAAGGAGGGCUCGGAUGGGGUCUGUUUGUCAGUGGAUCACCCGCAGAAGGUCUUGCUCAUGGGGGAGGCACAAGAUUUUGGGACCUGCAGAGCGAAGAAGAAAAAUGGAGAUCCUUGUACUCAGAUUGUGAACUUGAACGAGUGUCAAUUCUGCCAGUACCAUGUGAAAGCACAGUAUAAAAAACUGAGUUCCAAGAGAUCAGAGCUGCAGUCCAGUUUCUCGGGAAAAGUCCCUGGUAAGCAGAAAGGGAAGGGAGGCAGUCUGAAGCAGCGGCUCUGCCACGAUGGCUUUUAUUACGGAGGAGUUUCUUCAGCAGCAUGUGCAGCCUCACUUUCUGCAUCUAUUUCUAAGAAGCCGGUCCAGUCGACUUUGAGUAAUUUAUUUGUUAAAGGAGCAGACUCUCUUGCCAAAGAAGCGCAGAAAAAGGCAAUGCAGUCGAGUCGGGCACCAGUAUGCUCAGAUGAAUUUAAGAACUUGAUGGAUGUGCCAACGCCAGGUGCACUGAACCUGAAAAGACAUUUAACCCAAGCUUCAGUAGGUCUAAAUGGAAAGCCAGUGCAAACUAUCCAGUCUAUAUCAGCAACCCAACUGUUAAAACAACAGAAGCAACAGAUGUUGGAAGCAAGGAAGAAAAGAUCAGAAGAUAUUCAAAGAAGGUUUUUGCAGAACACAGGUACACCUGACUGUCCUGCAACACCCACCCCAGGCAGAUCUGCACUCGCAUCACCUAGAGCUGCUGCUGAAUUCCCUAAAGACAAGAAAACCACAGCGACGCCACUGACACCUAAACUAGGCAGGGGGUUUGCAGAUGGAGACGAUGUCUUGUUUUUUGAUGGAUCUCCACCACCAGCACCAAAGCCAAAUUUGUCUGCAGCCAAGCUUGCUGCUUUAAAGAAGUUGAGGGCAAAAGAAGGAGGAAUAUCAAAGGAAGAUCCUAAUGGUGUCAAAAGAAAAAGGUCAGACACAAGCAUCAAAGAUGUGGCAGAAAGAGUGGAAAAGAGCCUUGCAUCUCCUGAGACUAAAGUAGAAACGGAUGAAACAGAGCCUGCUUCAAAGAAACGGCGAGAGCAGCUGGAGUAUUUACAGUCAGCUGAAUUUCAGGAAAUUCUGAAUGCCAAAUCAAGACACACUGGAGCAGUGAAAGAGGCUGAGAUAGAAAUUCAGGAGAGGUACUUUGAGCCGUUGGUAAAUAAAGAACAAAUGGAAGACAAAAUGAGAAAUAUCCGAGAGCUGAAAUGCAGAGCUGUAACCUGUAAAACAUGUAAAUACACAUAUUUCAAACCCUUGGAUAAAUGUGUUACUGAAAAACAUGAUUACCACUGGCAUGAAGCAGUCAAGCGGUUCUUCAAAUGUAAAUGUGGACAAAGAGAAACAUCACUGGACAGGCUGCCCCAAAAACACUGCAGCAACUGUGGACUUUUCAAGUGGGAAAGGGAUGGCAUGUUAAGGGAGAAGAAAGGGCCCAAGAUCGGUGCAGAGCUGCUUUUGACAAGAGGAGAGGAGCAGCCAAAGUUCCUCAACAGUUUACAGUGAUUACAGGCCCUGAUAUUUUACACACAGAUCCAUAUUACCGUGGCCCAGAAUGUUUGGGCCAUUUUUUAAGUAUCUGGAAACACUUAAGUUGCAAUUAGACGCUCUUAAAUAAACCUCCCGAGGAAUUUCCUUGAUUUUUUUUUUUUUUUUUUUUUUUAAUCAAUCUUGUUUUAACAUCAAUUGCUUUCUUUUUAGAAAAAAAAAAUGUGUUAACUUAGCACUGUGGUAAAUGUGUUAACUUAGCACUGUGGUAAAUGUUUUGUGAAUAUGGCCUAGAUAGUGGUGUAGACCUUCAAAUCAUGAAGAAACAACCAGAAAACAGGAUGCCUGGUUAAAAUGUAUCUGUGCUGUUUGUUACAUAUCCUUGUGCUUAAAGUUAAGUUCCUUCAAGACAGCUGAUUAGUGUUCAUGAAAAUUCAUUUUCCUAAUUGUGAAAUUGAUUAGUAUGUCUUUUUUGUUGUGGCUAUGAUGUUGUGAACUGAAGAUGUAGUAUUUUCUUUACCCAAUGAAAACUUCAUGCCGUGUAUUUGACAUGAGGCUGCUAAACAUGCAAAUCAUUACAAAACAACCAGUGUACUCACCAAUGUGAACAAGAAAACACACAAGUUUGUUUAUAAGAAUGAAUGUAUGGGUGGAGAUUAUAUGUCACUUGUUUUUUUUAUAUACUACUUGAUUUAAAUAAAAAACGAUGUACAGAAGAUAUCCAUUCAUAGAAAUAAAUGCUAUUUUAAACAUG